AGUUAGGAGAGCUCUAUCAUUUUGGUGUUGUGAGUGACGUCAUUGUUGUAAUCGUCAAGCCUACAAAAUGGCGGCUACCAUAGCUAAAAUUCCUCUACCAAUGCUGAGAGAAAAUUUUUCAGCUGCUGUUGGGAAAAGCAGCGUUGUUGUUAAGGCAGUUGCAUGCACGAUCAUACUUGGCUAUCUGUUUUCUUUCGCCACGUCUGCUGUUCCUCACAUAACGAUUACACCAGGCUAUGUCAUGCCACCGAACUUUCGUGUGUACAGUUUCAUUUGUUAUUGUUUCGUGGAGCUACAUUUCUGGCAUGUCUUAGCAGACAUUGCCGUCAUUUUCUUGUUUGGCAAAUUGUUAGAGCCUCUGUGGGGUGCCCCUGAUAUGCUGCUAUUCUUCAUUAUUGUCAACCUCGGUGUUGGCAUCAUGACAGCAUUUCUGUAUCUUUUCAUUUACCUGAUCACUCUGAACGAGGAGUACUUGUUUGAAGUUCACAUUUAUGGAUUGGCUGGUUACAUUGCUGGGUUUUGUGUGGCUGUGAAGCAGGUCAUGCCUGACCAUUGCCUCGCUACCCUUCCAUUUGGCAAAUUGAGAAACACUCACAUACCUUUAACUCUUCUCACCUUGAUCGUUCUACUGAGAAUUGCUGGUUUACUUCCUGGACCUUAUCCAUACAUGUUUGGAUCUGGAAUUAUAGUCAGUUGGAUAUAUUUAAGGUUUUAUCAAAAACAUACCAAUGGAAACCGGGGAGAUAUGGCUGAUAACUUUAGUUUUGCAAGUUUUUUCCCCAGUCAGUUUCAGCCCCUGAUUGCUGUGGUCUCCAACUCCAUUUUCUCGGGCCUGGUGAAGAUUAAGCUGUGCAAGAAACCUCAGAGGAGAUAUGAUGUCAGUUCCCCAACCACUGUCACUGUCACCCUUCCUGGCACAGAACCUCACGAUGCAGAGAGAAGGAAGCAACUGGCCUUGAAAGCUCUCAACGAGCGACUCAACAAACCCGACACCUCUCCAAGCUGGCCCACUCUGGAUGAUGACGACCCAGCGAGCCCCACCUCCCCUCAGACAGCAGCCUCUCCUUUGUCUGUUCCGGCAUCAGUUAAAUUGCCUGUUCCGGCCUUCAAAGACCCUUCUAAACAGUCUACAGGGGCGGGAAGUGAGAACGUUUAGUGUGUCCUUGAGUGGGUUCUGCAGAAAUAUAUACCAGGCUGUGCUUGAGGGAUGAGCAAGACAGAAGUUUGUUGUAUAUCAGAGCAGAGAUAGAGAGAGAGAGAGGGUGAGUGAAAGGGAGAGAGAGAGAGAGAGAAUGAGAGAGAGAGAGAGUGAGUGAGUGAGUGAGUGAGAGAAAGAGAGAGGGAGGGGAUGAUUAGGGUGAUAUUAUUGUGAGUGUCAUGAGACCAAUUCUUACAUUUCUCCAAUAUUUUACUUCUUGUAUUGCUCCAAAUUUUUUUCUAUCUUUCCUCUUAUUUUCUCAAAUAUUCAGCUUGUUUUUGCUUGCUUUUGUAAGUGUGGUUGAAAAGUUCAAUAUUCACUAGUGAAAGAGGAAUACCAUGAAUGGGGCAUGUGGUUUUGUUUCGACUCCAUCACAUAUGUGCAUACAACAGUAAAUAGUGCCUAGCUUUUUGGGAUAUAUCAGCAGUUAUUCUCUGUACACAUGCUAUGUUAAGGUAGAGAAUCACUUCUUUCAAUAUAUUUAUGAAAAUGUUAUUAUCUCUAUACUCAUGGAUUUUAUUUUAUUCCUUGAAAAAUAUGUUUCAAGAAUAUUUUUUUUUCUACACUCUUCCUCUGUUUCUGUACAAUGCACUUAGAUUUAGUUGCUUCAAGUACUGUUGAUUUAUAUUAUUAUAGAUGAUUCAGUAGCCAAGAUUUUGUUAAAUUUAAAAAGAAUUUCUUCCCUUAAUGUCACAUUCUGGUAAAAAUUUAAGGGGAUUUACUUUUUCUAUAUUUCUAUCCCCUCAAAGUCUGCAUUACUCAUUUAAGAAUAUAUUUUGUUUUGUGUUCGUAAUUGCAAUAUAUUGACAUACUUUAUACGUUUCAGUUUGCUUUUUCUGAAAUACUAACUUUCUGUCCUUUCACUAGACCCUAAUUGAACAUUUGAGUUACAUGGUUCUGUUGGACAGAAUAAAUGAAUGGUCCGAAGAGUAACUUUCAAAAUUUAUCUAAUCAUUUGCUGAAUUUAGUGAUACCUUUGCAAGUCGUGCUCAUAAUUGUCAAAAUCAGGUGAUCGUUUUCUUGAAUAGGGAGCCUCAAUGCUUUGUUUGAACUUGAAUGGUUUUUGUGAUGUUCAGAAUCAUUUUGCAUAAUGUAGAUAUCCGCAUCAUCCCUGUAUUUUUGUUAAUUACCCUGCGUAGCAUUUUAAAAGAUGACUAUGCAUCAUUGUAUAAAUGAAGAUCCUUUUCCAAAAAAAAAAAUGAAAUGUUUCUUGCAUUACAUGCAUUUUUUUGUAAGCUUAUCACAUGUUUAUCAAAUUACAAAGUGGGUGCUUAGUUGAAAGAGCUGUUUGUCAUUUAUUGGCGUCUGCAAUUAAUGAUACUAGUUUGUUUUCAUAUAUAUUGUUUACCUUAUUUUUUAUAUUUAAAUGUUACAUAUUUUAUUUUAUUUAAAGUUUGAAGUGUAGGGAGAAAUGUGUUGUGUC